GUAUAGACUGCAUACUUGUAUUUUGAAGUAAAGUGGAGGAACUGGUUGUCGUUGUCGAGUAUUGUGACGCACAGAUGUCUCAAUGGCAGAGGGUGAAACUCAGACACUUGGAGAAGAUGAAACGCAUUAUACACCAUUCACAAGAAAUCUCAGACAUACUGUGCUCUAGUAAACAAUGAGAAGAAGCCUCUAGCUGAGCUUAUCGAAACAUAGAGCUCAAUUAAUAGGACAUCAUGAACAUGGAUUUCCAUGGAUCUUUAGCGGACCACAACCAACCACAGAUCAGCGGUGUGGAAAAAACUCCUGGGGGCUGGUAUAAGCCGACCCACUCCAGAAGCAGCAGCACGGGAUCAUCACGUCACUCGCGUCUGAACAUUAAACAUUGGGAAGUAAUGGACGACUUUCCGGCAGAUAUGAAUCUCAUCACAGAGAGCAAACAGGUUUCAAAUCCUCCAGGAAUAUGUGAAGGCUAUCUGAUGAAGAGGAGAAAGUGGCCGCUGAAAGGUUGGCAUAAGAGAUACUUUGUCUUGGAUAAAGGGAUCCUUCGAUAUUCAAAAACUGAACAUGAUUUUUCCAAAGGAAAGAUGCAUGGUUCACUGGAUGUCAGUCUGGCUGUAAUGUCGGUAAACAAGAAAGCAGGACGCAUAGAUCUGGAUGCUGGAGACAAUCUCUAUCACAUGAAAGCCAAAAGUCAGGAAUUAUAUAAUUUAUGGGUCACCAAAUUAAGUGCCCACAGGAUGUAUAAGAAGAACGAGGCCGCACAUGUUCACAAUGGCUACCUACAGGCCCUGACCCAAAGCAGCCAUUUAUCCCAAAAAAACAGUGCCAUGACGGCAAUGAGCACGUCUUCAUCUUACUUGGGUGAAACUCAAAGAGCAAAUCUGCCAAAUGUCAAUCCUGCGGUUAAUGGAAAAGUGGCAGCCUGGCUACAGACCCAAGAGCCUGACGUCUGCAGCCAAGAGCUUAACCGCUGUCAGCUGGAAAUGAAUGAGCUUCAUCGGCUGGUUCAGAAGCUGCUCGCUUAUGAGUCCGUCAAAGCAGUCAAUAACGGAGACCUGCAACGGAUUAUAAGCAUGCAGAAUAUAUCUCUUGACAAACCCAAGAAAAAGCCUGGCAAGAUUUGGGGUCACUCUCGCACACUAUCUCGAUUUGAAGCUUUUGGAACGCCAUUUCGUGGGAUUACUAAAUCGUUAUCGUCAAGCCACCUAAACAGCUCUUCCCACCUGGGAGCCUCGGUGUCUUCUAUCCCAGAUUACGUCAGCACCCAGCUGACCCCAAAAAACUCACCAGAUGUCAAGAAGCUCCAUCAGGACAUCUGCUCUAUGUCCUUGAAAGUUCAUGGGUCUCUGUGUUCUGCACAUGAGUCUCUCGCUCAAGAGCGCCUGCGGCUGCAGGACGCCUGGUCCAGCAGAGAGCUCCACCAGACCACAUCUGCCCAGAUUAACAACCUCUGUAGCCUGGCUGAGUUAGACGUUAAAGCCCGCCACACCAAAAUCCACAAAUUGUCUGUGUCCUCCGAAUCCUCUGAAGGCUCCUACCGCACUGUGCUACAAAGGAAGUUUGGUUCAGGCCGCAGUUCUUUACGUGCACCUUCAGUGGCUGACUCCACAGCGGAGUAUUUCGAUGCAUGUGAUGAGCUUGUGGACGCAAGCUCUUCGGAAAUGUCCGACGAAUCGGGUCUGAGUGAUGGGUCCAGUAAUUCAGAGCCAGACGAGUCUCGGGCAAUAGCUUCACGCAAGUAUCGUGCCAGUCUCUCAAGGGCGCCACCUAAACUGAAUAUUGUUAAGGGCACCGGACAUCGCACUACUCUACCUGCCGUUUGCCCUGAUAACAGUCACGUUGGCUUGAUGACCAUCCUGUACAACAACAUCGGGAAGGACCUGUCCCGCGUCUCCAUGCCAGCAGCUCUGAAUGAACCCGUGUGCCUACUGCAGAGACUCUGUGAGGAACUGGAAUACUCAGAGCUAUUGGACACAGCCAACCAUACUGAUGAUCCCUAUCACAGGAUGGUUUAUAUCGCUGCUUUUGCCAUAUCUGGCUACGCAUCAGCUCAAUUCCGCAAUCGCUACAAACCCUUUAAUCCCAUCCUUGGAGAGACAUUUGAGUGUAUUAGAGAGGACAGAGGUUUCCGCUACAUUAGCGAGCAGGUUUCACAUCAUCCACCUAUAUCUGCUUGUCACGCAGAAUCAAGCAAUUUCAACUUCUGGCAGGACCAGAGAUGGAAGAACAAGUUUUGGGGCAAGUCUUUGGAGAUCAUGCCAACAGGGAUGGUGAAUGUGACUCUAAAAAAGUAUGGGGAUCAUUAUGAAUGGAACAAAGUGGUGACUUGCAUCCAUAAUGUCCUUAGUCAGCAGCGAUACCUUGAGCACUAUGGCGAGGUCAUCAUCCGCAACCUGAAAAGUUCAGUGUGCACCUGUAAGAUCACAUUUGUCAAGUCUCGUUAUUGGGGUUCAGAUGGGUCCAAAAACCAAGUGCAGGGUGAAGUUCUUAAUGAGACUGGUAAUGUUGUCCAUCGAUUUGGUGGAUUUUGGCAUGAAGGAAUCUUUUGUGACACCCUGCCCAACCCACAGUGUGUCUGGAAGCCAAAUCCACAGCCUAAAAACUACAUGCUUUACUAUGGCUUCUCUAGCUUUGCUAUGGAGAUGAAUGAGCUGACCCCUGAGCUGAAGCCCCUGCUGCCCCCAACAGAUACACGCUUGCGUCCUGACCAAAGGUUACUUGAAGAAGGGAAAGUAGAUGAAACAGAUAAAAAGAAGGAUGAGUUGGAAGAGAAGCAAAGAGAAAGAAGGAAAAUUCUGGCCAAAAAAGGAGAGGACCACAUUCCUCGCUUCUUCAGGAAAACCUUGGAUGAUGCUGGAAGGGAAGUAUGGCUAUACAAUGGAACGUAUUGGACGAUCAGGAAGAAUCCAGGAUUUUCCCACGUAAAAAACCUGGAAUUGUGGUGAAGGUAGAUUACUGCAUACCGUGGACAUCCAUGCUUGCACAUGAUUUAAGAAAACCCAUUGAGAGCACAGAUGAUUUGCCCAGGAAUUUUCACACAAAACCGAUUCCACCGAGCAAGGAUGGUGCUUUUACCGACAGCAACAGGAUGAAUGCAUUUUAAGACUUUUUAUGAUUUUGUAUCUCAUGGUUAAGGACACAAACACUUUGACCUUGUCUUCCAUUUUGGAUAUAAGCCAGGACAACAAACUAUAAGAUGAAUGACAGACACGUGGAUAUCUUUUAGUUCUGUUGUGUAGGAACACACAUUUCUAUGGACUACACUGAAUUGCUUUUCCAUUCAGAUAAUGAGUUGUGUGACACUGGAUAAAAUCAUUGGGAAUUUUCACAAUGAAGUCUGGAUUCAGAAAAUGGAUAUUAUUUAUUCAGAGGUCUUGUAAUUUUUAAACUAAUUUUUAAAACAUGAUUUAGGUUUGGUUAACUUUCUUAAGGACUAUUAUUUCUUCUGUUAGAGACAUGGCUCAACCUGAGCAGGAUUAAGUUGUAAAUGGAUUAAUUCUAAUUUGAGUCCUCAUUGACUUACACUGAAGGAGAGGUGAAAUGUGUCCUCUGCUCUAGGUUGCACAUCUACUUUGUUUCGUACAGCAAGUGACAUUUUUACUUUUUUAGGCUGCCACAUUGUUUAUUGGCAUGAAAUUAUUUAGUUAACAGUGUCAAUUUGAAACAACUCUUCUGUACUCUUGGCCAAAAUAUUAAAAAAAUUCCCAGUGCACAAACACUUAAGUCAUGACUUGCAUAGCGUAUAGCAGAAAUAAUGUAGCCUAGGCCAGUGGUUCUCAAACUGGGGUCCGGGGCCCCCAGGGGGGCUGCGAGAUGGUGCCAGGGGGACCCAGUUUUAUGACAUUUUAUAAGAUAAAUUAAUUUAUCAUGAAUUCUGUGCAAUUAAAUCUAAAAAAUAAGGCUUCUAACCAACAGCACUACUUUGUAUCAUUCAAUAUGUUUUGUUUAAUUAAAAGUUGAGUUUUAAAAAAGUUUUUUGUCAUACAUUUUCUUUGUGGGGGCCGCGAAGGAAUGUGCCGUACACAAGGGGGGCCGCACGCUGAAAAAGUUUGAGAACCACUGGCCUAGGCAGUCGGUUGUUAUCGCAAAAAUAAGCCCCAACAGUGUGAUGCAGUGUGAUCUCACGAGAAUUCGUACAUAUUUUACGAAAAUUCGUAUCACUUAAUUCAACCACAUUCGUAAGUUUUGGUACGAUUACUUGACCCCUGUGACGUUGGAGUUAGGGGCGGGGUUAGGGGUUCGGUUUCGUCGUUGUUUUUUCAUGAGAAUCAUACGAUUUUGCACAAUUAACUUCGUAUGAAUUGAUACGAAUUAGCCAACUCGUAAAAUAUGUAUAUUUGUCAGCACACUGAAGGGGCUUAUUUUGUGAUAACAACCGACUGCCUCUACAUUAAUCCACUUAUUACACGGCUAUUUACCUCAGAAGUAAGGUAAGGAAAAUUAAAUAUUGAUUUUAAAUAUUUUAUUAGCUAAUUUUUAAUGAAUGCAGAUUGCAGACCUUCCGCGAGGAAAACUUGUUUACUAUCGGGACGUCGUGAAUACGUUAUAUGUUUUAAUCAUUUGUAAAUAUUGUGUCAUAUAUGUUAUUAAAAUACAUAUUUAAAUUACAGUUUUGUGUAAUAUUAAACUGUAAAAAAAUAAACUGUAGCCUACCGGUUAAGAUGAUUUGCAGCAUCCAGGUUAAGGUUACCGUUAAUUGGGAAUAACAAACCUGCAAAUGUUGCGACUAACUUAGCCAAUCAGAAUCAAGCAUUCCAACGAGCCAUGUAAUAAAAGAGCAAUACAAUAUACGAAAGAAAAGGAAAAGAGAAUUUCGUAUAGUUUCAUCUUUAUUACAUUUAGAAUGAAUCAAAAACAUCAUUUAUUAAUAUAUACAAUAUAACAGCUUUGCUGUAUCUGAGGCUCAGUUUGCUUUUUGAGGAAAUACAUCUUUAUCUGGCUCAUUAAGAGCACCUCUUUAAUAACAUUUGUUGUUUAACAGAAAUACACAAAUCUAAUAUCAGAUGGUGCCAUAUAAAUAGCUUUCAUAAAAGACCUGAUAUGACACUCUUUGAAGAUAUGAGGAGCAUAAUGUCCACCAGGGGUCAGCCAAAACAGAGAUUGAUUACUAAUGACAACAAUUCGUUCGAGUAUUUUAAGUACACACCAACAAUAAUAAAGGUUUCAGUGCAAGUGUAAAAAAUAAAGAAAACGUACAGGAACAUGAAUUAAACACCUUUUUAAGUUAACAUAUAGAAACACUGUUUAAUUGCACUUUAAAAGUCAAAUUGUACUUCAGUGUUUGUUUGUUAAAUAAGAUUCUUUUUUGUCUUUUAGCCACAUUGCUUUCAUUUAUUAAUUUAAAAUCGGAAUACUUCAAACAAAAUAUUUCUUAUAAAUUAUUACAUUACACAGAAUACCAAAAAUCCCAGUGUCUAAAUUGAUGUCUUUAACAUGUUUGUGGGCUUAAAUAAUUUUUGGCACACCAAUAUCCAAUAACUGACCAUGGCCUUUAAAUUCAGUGAUGACAUUGUAAAAUAAUACAGUGAUCAGCUUUACACCAAAUUACUCUGGUUUCACUUGGUUUGCAUCCCAAUACAUACAUAAAAGACAGAGGCGGUUAGAGUCAGUUUGCUGACUUUUUUAAAGUUGUGACCACAGAGGAUCAAUGCCAAGUUGGUUUUCGCAGCAUGUUACAGUUUCUCGGAAACUUCUAGCAUCAUGCGUUUUGACAAAAAUAACAAAAUGCACUUUAACAAAUUCUUAAUUUCAAUUCUUAUAUAU